UGGCCCCGUGAGGCCCUCCUGUCCGUGUCCCAGACCUUCUUCCAGAACGUGGAGUUCGGCAGUGAGGAGAUAAAGGAUCGUUUCAGUGAGAUGUGUGUGGAGAUCCACGUCAGUGUGACAGACAUGGCCGAGAGGUUCUACUCUGAGCUGAGACGACGCUACUACACUACCCCCACCUCAUACCUGGAACUGAUUAACCUCUACCUGGCCAUGUUGGGAGAGAAGAGACAGCAACUAGUGGCUGCUCGUGACAGGGUAAAGAAUGGUCUGACUAAGCUGUUGGAGACCAACGUGUUGGUGGAUAAGAUGAAGAUAGACCUGUCAGCUCUGGAGCCUGUCCUCAAACAAAAGUCUAUAGACGUCAACGCCCUCAUGGGGAAACUAGCCGUGGACCAGGAGAGCGCUGACAAGGUGCGUAAAGUGGUGAAGGAGGACGAAGCCCUAGCCAAGGUGAAGGCUGAGGACACCCAGGCCAUAGCAGCAGAUGCCCAGAGGGAUCUAGACGAGGCUCUGCCCGCUCUGGAAGGUGCCAACAAGGCCCUGGACUCACUGGACAAGGCAGACAUCUCAGAGAUCAGGGUCUUCACCAAACCACCUGACAUGGUCAUGACUGUCAUGGAGGCCGUCUGCAUCCUGCUGGGCAGCAAACCAGACUGGUCCAGUGCCAAGCAGGUGCUGGGUGACUCCUACUUCCUCAGGAAGCUGAUGGAAUAUGACAAGGAAAACAUUAAGCCCCAGAUCCUCCAGAAGCUUCAGAAGUACGUGAACAACCCGGACUUUGUCCCUGAGAAGGUGGAAAAGGUGUCCAAGGCCUGCAAGUCUAUGUGUAUGUGGGUCCGGGCCAUGGACCUCUACUCCAGAGUCCUCAAGGAGGUCGGACCCAAGAAAGAAAGACUGGCCGCCGCACAGAUGGAGCUGAAUGCUACCAUGGCAACCCUGAAGGAGAAGCAGGCCCAGCUACAGGAAGUACAGAACAAAAUUAAGAUCCUCCAGGACCAGUUUGACAAGAGCAUCGCAGAGAAGGAGGGUCUGGCUAAGACCAUGGCUCUGACCGAGGCGAGGCUGGGCCGUGCAGGGAAGCUGACAGCAGCUCUGGGGGAUGAGCAGGUUCGCUGGCAGGAGAGCAUCGAACUGUUUGAACAGGAGAUCCAUAACGUGGUGGGAAACGUCUUCAUCGCUGCAGCCUGCGUGGCAUACUACGGAGCCUUCACAAUGCACUACAGACAACUGCUGAUAGACCAGUGGAUUGUGCGAUGCCAGGAGUUGGGCAUCCCCAUCAGUGCCAGCUUCAGCCUCAUCAACAUCCUGGGCGACCCCUAUGAGAUCCGCCUGUGGAACGCCGAGGGGUUGCCCCGCGAUACCGUUUCCACUGAGAAUGGAAUCCUGGUUACCCGUGGACGCCGCUGGCCACUCAUGAUCGACCCUCAGGAUCAGGCCAACCGUUGGAUCCGUUCCAAGGAGACCAAGAACGGUCUGAAGGUGAUCAAGCUGACCGACGCUGGUUUCCUGCGAACCCUGGAGAACGCCAUCCGCAUGGGAAUGCCCGUACUGCUGGAGGAGCUGAAGGAGACUGUGGACCCGGCUCUGGAGCCCAUCCUGCUGAAGCAGACGUUUGUGGCGGGCGGCCGCACCCUCAUCCGCCUCGGAGACUCCGACAUUGACUACAACAAGAAAUUCAGGUUCUACAUGACCACCAAGAUGGCCAACCCCCACUACCUGCCUGAGGUGUGUAUCAAAGUGACCAUCAUCAACUUCACUGUGACCAAGUCUGGUCUGGAGGACCAGCUUCUCAGUGACGUGGUUCGUCUGGAGCGUCCUGACCUGGAGGAACAGAGGAACCAGCUGAUUGUGAGGAUCAACGCCGACCGCAACCAGCUGAAAGCCAUCGAGGACCGCAUCCUCAAACUGCUCUUCAACUCCAAGGGAAACAUCCUGGACAAUGAGGAGCUGGUGCAGACCCUGCAGGAGUCAAAGGUGACGUCAGAGGCCAUUAAGCAUCGUUUGGAGGAGGCGGAGGCGACAGAGCUGAUGAUCAACGCGGCCAGGGAGCGUUACCGGCCCGUGGCCACACGAGGCUCCGUCAUGUACUUUGUCAUCGCCAGCCUCUCUGAGAUAGACCCCAUGUACCAGUUCUCCCUCAAGUACUUCAAACAGCUCUUUAACUCCACCAUAGAGAUAUCAGAGAAGAGCAGUGUUCUGGAGGAGCGCCUGCAGAUCCUCCUGGACCAGACCCUGCUCACCAGCUACACCAACGUAUCCCGCGGCCUGUUUGAGCAGCACAAGACCAUCUACAGCUUCAUGCUUUGUGUGGACAUCAUGCGCCAGCAUGGCGAGGUCUCUGACGCAGAGUGGCAGCACUUCCUGCGAGGAGCGCCCCCCCCUUGACAAGGAUCAUCCAGAGAGGCCUGACGUGCCAUGGCUAGCAGAGUUUACCUGGCAGACAUGCUGUGAGCUGGAGGAUACUCUGCCCUGCUUCAACGGCAUCAAGAGAGAGAUCACCGCCACACCCAUCACUAUAAAACUAGCUACAGAAGUAGAAGAAUAUUGGAGUGUGUGUUCCCAGGUCGUCUGGAAGUGUGUAUCAACCCAGAGAACUGGCAGGGCUACGUGUCUGACUCCCAGCUGCCUCCCUACUCAGAGGAGAUGU